AAUGGAGCCCGUACAGAGCCAACAAGACAGCGAAUAGCACGAGGUACAAUGCAUGCUAAUUGCAGUAGACUUUUAUUUGACGCGAAAUGCCAGGAUGUCAGAGAAGGAAGUAAAACACGUGGUUCUUGAGCGACCAUUGGCAAGUUUGCAUGGUGAAGCGCGCUAGAAUAAAGGCAUUGGCCGUGGCGUGUGUGUGUAGUUUGUGUGGCGAAGGGGCCACGAGGCGCUGGGCGAAUGGCGGUGGGCAAAUCCGAUGGCAAGUCCCAUAUAGCACAUACAUAGUAAGUACAUAUGUACUAGAAUACGUAUGCAUAAGACGUGCAGCCACCCUUCUGGAAUGCUUGUCGUGGGUGGUGAGGCGGCGAGGUCCGAAAAUUAUCGGAUGAAAAGUAACUCACUACGUAUUUAGUUUUUGACGUGACCCUGACGCUAAAGGCGUCCUGUCCAAGCCGGCCAAUUGAUG